AUGAUGCAGGGCUUCGAAUGGCAUGUGCCAGCUGACCAACGCCAUUGGCAGCGCCUCCGCAAGGCAAUUCCCGACCUGAAAGAUAUCGGAGUCGAUAACAUCUGGAUUCCUCCUGGGUGCAAGGGGAUGAACCCAUCUGGAAUUGGGUAUGAUAUUUACGAUCUGUAUGAUCUCGGGGAAUUCGACCAGAAGGGCACCAGAGCCACACGAUGGGGCCCAAAGGAAGACCUUCAGAGCCUGGUACAGGCCGCACAGGACAUGAACAUUGAAAUUUACUGGGAUACUGUUUUGAACCAGAAGGCUGGGGCAGAUUUGACCGAAAAAUUCACAGUCGUCAAGAUGGACCCAGAAGAUCGGAACACUGAAAUAUCUCGACCUAUGACCAUCGACGGUUGGGUCGGGUUCGACUUCCUCGGACGUGGGGAGAAGUACAGCUCUAUGAAGUAUCACUGGCAACAUUUUACUGGUGUGGACUGGGACGAUGCCAGCCAACAGCAUGCAAUAUACAAGACCCUGGGAUAUAACAAAAACUGGGCGAGGGACGUGAGUGAUGAGCAUGGGAACUACGACUAUCUGAUGUUCGCCGAUCUCGACCAUUCCCAUCCAGAAGUUCGAGCUGAUAUAUUGAAAUGGGGGAGUGGAUUGGCAACGAAUUACCAAUCAGUGGAAUGCGAAUCGAUGCAGCAAAGCAUUAUUCUGCCUCUCGCAGAGUACUGGAGAGGAGAGGUGGGUCUACUUCUGGGGUAUCUCAAACUAAUGGAUUAUGGGGUCUCCUUGUUCGAUGUACCACUCUUGGGCCGGUUUGCAGCUAUUUCCAAGAUUGCAGGUGGUGAUCUGCGGAAGAUUUUCAAAGGCACGUUGGUAGAACAGAUGCCGUCGCAUGCAGUAACUUUUGUUGGCAAUCAUGAUACGCAACCUGGACAAUCAUUAGAGACUAUCAUCGUCCCAUUUUUCAAACCUCUCGCAUACUCUUUAAUCCUCCUCCGAAGCCAAGGACAGCCAUGCAUUUUCUACGGGGACCUCUAUGGAAUCAACGGUGGACCCGAGCCCCAGCCUGGGCCAUCAUGCAGCGGAACGCUUCCCAUACUCACGCGUGCCCGAAAGCUAUAUGCACACGGGGAACAACGAGACUACUUCAAUAGGAGGAACUGCAUUGGUUUCGUGCGUUACGGGAACUAUAAACACCCAUUCGGUCUUGCCUGUAUCCUUAGCAACGGCGGCGCAUCCUACAAGCGCAUGUUUGUCGGUCACAGACAUGCCGGGGAAUUGUGGACAGAUAUUCUCGGCUGGCGAAAUGAGACGGUACUCAUUAAUCACUGCGGCUAUGGAGUUUUCCCAGUCGCCGCUAUGAGUGUUAGUGUCUGGGUGAACUCUCAAGCGGAGGGGAGAAAUGGAAUUAAUCGGCCUUUCAACGACGACAUAUACAGCCUCUAA